CCUGUUGGUGCAGAGCGCGAGGACGCCACUGAGGUGUGUUUGAGCCAUUUGGAGGAUGAAGAUAAUCGCUCGGUGAAUGGGAAACGCCGACACAGAGGCACCGCUACACCGUCCCCAGCUCUUGGCGAACACGCUUCUGUCGGCGAGAUUUACGCCGAAGCCGGUGUCUGCGCUCUGCGGGGCCGGGCGCGCCACGUCUGGAAGGAGUAGGGAGGAUGGAGGGCUUUUUCACAGAGGGGGCCCGUGUUUGGGUCAAGGAGAAAGAGCAGCUGGUUCCCGCCACGGUUAACUCCUGUGCAGAUGGAACUCUUGUCGUCACAACCGACUAUGGAGAGGUGUUGUACCUGCAGCAGGCGGAGGUCACCAGGGAGCGGGUGUACGCCAUGCACCAGUCCAGCAUCGAUGGGGUGGAGGACAUGUCGGCACUGGCCGAGCUGCACGAGGCUGCCAUCAUGCACAAUCUGUACCAGCGCUACCAGAAGGACAACAUCUAUACCAAUAUCGGGAGCAUCCUGGCAGCCGUCAACCCUUACAAGCAGGUCCCGGGUAUGUAUGGCCCGGAGAGGGUGGACCUGUACUCCAAACACCACAUAGGAGAGCUCCCUCCGCACAUCUUCGCCGUGGCCAACGAGUGCUACCGCUGCAUCUGGAAACGCCACGACAGUCAGUGUGUCCUCAUCAGUGGUGAAUCGGGGGCUGGGAAGACUGAAAGCACUAAACUGUUGCUUCAGUUCCUGUCGGUGAUGAGCCAGAACUCAUCCGGGACGCCCUCAUCAGAGAAAUCGACACGAGUGGAGCAGGCCAUCGUACAGAGCAGUCCGAUUAUGGAAGCGUUCGGGAAUGCAAAGACAGUUUACAACAACAACUCCAGCCGCUUUGGGAAAUUCAUCCAACUUCACUUCUCUGAGGGCGGGAACAUCCAGGGAGGCUGCGUCAUCGACUAUCUACUGGAGAAGAACCGUGUGGUACGACAAAACCCUGGAGAACGAAACUACCACAUCUUCUACGCUCUGCUGGCGGGAGCUAACAAGGAGCAAAGAGGCCAGUACUUCCUGGAGGAGCCUGCAGAAUCUUUCCACUACCUCAACCAAUCAGGAUGUCUGAAGGACAAGAGCCUGAAUGACAAAAAUCUGUUUAACAGUGUCAUGGAGGCGCUGAAAGUGCUCCAGUUCACAGAGGAGGAGAUCAGAGACAUGUUCAAGCUGCUGUCGGGAGUCUUACAGCUGGGAAACAUUGAGUUCAUGACUGCAGGAGGAGCCCAGAUCACCACCAAGCAAGUGGCCACUAACGUCAGUGAGCUGCUGGGCUUGGACGCCUUCCAGCUGUCUGAAGUCCUGACUCAGCGCUCCAUAAUCCUCAGAGGAGAGGAGAUCUGCUCCCCGCUCACUAUAGAGCAGGCCGUGGAUUCCCGGGACUCUGUUGCCAUGGCGUUGUAUUCCCAGUGUUUCUCCUGGAUCAUCCUCAAGAUCAAUCAGAAGAUCAAAGGGAAGGAGAACUUUAAAUCCAUCGGCAUCCUGGACAUCUUUGGCUUCGAGAACUUCCAGGUGAAUCGAUUCGAGCAGUUUAACAUAAAUUACGCCAACGAGAAACUUCAGGAGUAUUUCAACAAGCACAUCUUCUCCCUGGAGCAGCUCGAGUACAACAGGGAAGGUGUCCAGUGGGACGCCAUCGACUGGAUGGACAACGCAGAGUGUCUGGACCUCAUAGAGAAGAAACUGGGCUUGUUGGCACUUGUGAAUGAAGAGAGUCGUUUCCCCAAAGGAACAGACUUCACUCUGCUGGAGAAGCUGCACAGCAGGCACUCUACAAACCCUUAUUAUGUGAAGCCCAGACUGGCUGACCAUCAGUUCGGUAUCAAACAUUAUGCCGGCGAGGUCCUGUAUGAUGUUAAAGGAGUACUAGAGAAGAACAGAGAUACCUUCAGAGACGACAUCCUGAACAUGCUCAAGGACAGCAGGCUGGACUUCAUCUACGACUUGUUUGAGAAGGUCGGCAGCAGGAACAAUGAGGAGAAGAUGGGAACGGCCAGGCGCAAACCUACUGUGAGCUCCCAGUUCAGGGACUCCCUACACUCUCUCAUGGCCACUCUGAGCGUAUCAAACCCCUUUUUCAUCCGCUGCAUUAAACCAAACAUGGAUAAGAAUCCAAGUAAGUUUGACCCUGAGGUCGUCCUGAACCAGCUGAGGUAUUCUGGGAUGUUGGAGACCGUGAAGAUCCGUCGAGCCGGCUUCCCCGUCCGCAGAACCUUCAAAGACUUCUUCUCCCGAUAUAAGAUCAUUGCCAAAGACAAAGUAGCAGCAGCAGGAGAUGAUAAGAAGAAAAGCACGGACCUUUUGCUCAAAUAUGACAAGACAAAGAAGGUGUGGCAGUUCGGCAAGACAAAGGUGUUUAUGAAAGAAUCUUUGGAGCAGCUUUUAGAGAAAGAUAGAGAUGAAGUCCGACGCCAAGCUGCCAUGAUCAUUCGCGCCCACCUGCUCGCUUUCUCUGCCAAGAAGUAUUUCAAGCGCGCCCGUGCAAGUGUCAUCACCCUCCAGAAACAUUUGAGGCGGCACAUUCAGCGCAGCAAGUUUGUGAAACAACGCAAGGCGACGCUGGUGCUGCAGAGACACAGGCGAGGUCAGGUGGCACGCGCACGAGUCCGGAAGAUCAGGGAGGAGAAAAAGAAGAAAGAGGAGGAACAGAGGAGGAAAGAGGCGGGGGAGAAGUCGACACCUGGUGAAGGGGAGCAGCAGGAAAAGGUGGACGGAAAGGCUAAAUCAUCGGACGAAGACGCUGGUGAUUCUGAAAGUACCCGGCAGAUGGAGGAGAUCCUGCAGCUGGAGCGAGAGAUCGAGCGCCUGCAGAAAAAGAGAGAGGACGAGGUGUCCCAGCUGUGCGAGUCCUCCAAACAGGAGCUGCAGCUGCGCCGCGACGCCGAGCUCAAGCGGAUGAAGAAGGAGGCGUCCCGCAAGGCCACGCAGCUCAUCGACCUCCUGGACUUCGGAGGCGUGGAUCCCUCACUGGGCGCGGCCGCCGCCAAGCCUGCUGCUGCUGCUGCUGCUGCUGUGGCCAAAGCCCCAAAAGCCGUGAACGCCAGCAGAGGAGCGUCCAAAGACGAGGAGGUGGACGAGGGGUUUCACGCCGAGGAGGAGUGCAUCCCCCUCCCGGACUUCCCUCCUCCUGCAGAGACCGACACUCCCCUGGAUCAGGAGAUCUUCGCUCACCUCCCUCCUCCCCCGCCUGCUUUUGCAGAGGGGACAGUUCCUCCUGCUCCUCCGCCUCCGCCUCCUCUGCCAGCGGACGGCAUCCCUGAUGCUGGAAUCCCUCCUCCUACUCCUCCUCCUCCUCCUCCUCCUCCACCUCCACCCGGAGACGGUUCAGCUGUCCCUCCUCCACCGCCGCCGCCUCACCCUCCUGCGGGAGACGGCGAGAAGAAAGAGGGAGCCAAAGCAGCAGAGCCGGAGAGGAAGGUGAGCAUGGUGGAGAGUCUAGGGGACGGGGACGAACCGAUCUACAGCAUGCCGGCCGACACCGAGUCCGACUACGACCAGGAGGAGGAGGACGGGUCGGUCACGGCGGGAGACGACAGCUCCGUGUCCGGGAGCAACCGGGGGAGCGCGGCCGUGAUGGACGAGGAGCAUCCGAGGAAGUCCACCUGCACAAACGCCAGCAUCGAGUCCUACAGAGGCAGCUCUGACUCUUAUGCGGACAGUGACGACGAACACGACGGCAUGAUGGACACCGAUGAAGAAGUCACUAACGGCAGAGUGACCUUGCUUAAUGGAAACGGGCCGCCAUAUUUCCACGGCUACCUCUACAUGAAGGCCGGUCUGAUGAUCCCGUGGAGGAGGCGUUGGUGUGUGUUGAAGGAUGAAACCUUCAUGUGGUUCCGGUCCAAGCAGGAGUCUCUGAAGUCGGGCUGGCUGUACAAGAAGGGGGGAGGCCUCUCCACUCUCUCACGGAGAAACUGGAAGAUGCGCUGGUUUGUGCUGAGGGACAAUAAGCUGAUGUACUACGACAACGACAGCGAGGAGAAACUGAAGGGAACCAUCGACAUCAGAGCUGCCAAAGAGAUCGUGGAUAAUCACGAGAAGGAGAACGCUCUGAACAUCGUGACUGAUGAGAGGACUUAUCAGGUGUUUGCUGAGUCACCCGAGGAUGCAAGUGGGUGGUUCAAUGUGCUCAAAAAAGUACGAGUGUGCACACCUGAGCAGCUGCUGGAGAUGUCCCACGAACAGGCCAACCCAAAGAACGCUGUGGGAACUCUUGACGUGGGCCUGAUUGACUCAGUCUGUGCUUCAGAUAACCCUGAUCGGCCAAACUCCUUUGUCAUCAUUACGGCCAACCGUGUGAUCCACUGCAACAGCGACACACCAGAGGAGAUGCAUCACUGGAUCAGCCUGCUGCAGAAACCCAAAGGAGACGCCCGGAUCGACGGCCAGGAGUUUCUCGUCAGAGGCUGGCUCCAAAAGGAGAUGAAGACGAACGCUAAGAGCACCUCCCUGAAGCUGAAGAAGCGCUGGUUUGUUUUGACGCACAACUCUCUGGAUUACUACAAGAGCUCAGAGAAAAACUCCUCCAAGAUGGGAACUCUGGUCCUGAACUCGCUGUGCUCCAUCAUUCAGCCGGAUGAGCGGGUGCACCGGGAGACGGGUUACUGGAACAUCAUGGUGUAUGGUAGAAAGCACUCGUACCGCCUCUACACCAAGAUGCUGAACGAGGCCAUGAGGUGGACGGCCGCCAUACAGGGAGUCAUAGACAGCAAGACUCCCAUAGAGACUCCAACGCUGCAGCUCAUCAGAGACAUCAAGGAGAACAGCGUGAACUCUGAUGUGGUGGAGCAGAUGUACAGGAGGAACCCCAUCCUCAGAUACACUCAGCAUCCCCUGCACUCCCCUCUGCUGCCGCUGCCCUACGGAGAGGUCACCAGCAUACAAAGGCGGCAGGGCUAUGCCAGCCUGCAGGAUGAGGCGGUGCGAGUUUUCAACUCACUGCAGGAGAUGGAGACUCUGGCAGACACGGUGCCCAUCAUCCAGGGCAUCCUGCAGACCUGUCAGGACCUGCGUCCUCUCAGGGAUGAGGUAUACUGUCAGGUGAUCAAGCAGACCAAUCACGUGCCUCAGCCUAACAGCCCAGCCAACCGGGCACACUGGCAUCUGCUCACCUGCAUGAGCUGCACCUUCUUACCCAGUCGAGCAAUUCUCAGAUACCUCCGCUUCCACCUCAAGAGGGUACGCGAGCGCUUUCCCGGCACAGAUAUCGAGCGCUACGCCAGCUUCAUCGGGGAAUCCCUGAAGAAGACCAAGACUCGUGAGUUUGUCCCCUCUCAGGAGGAGAUCGCCGCCCUGCUGGUCAGACAAGAGAUGAGCACCACCGUCUACUGCCACGGGGGAGGCUCCUGCAAGAUCUCCAUCAAUUCACACACCACGGCUGGAGAGGUUGUGGAGAAACUUAUCAGAGGUUUGGCCAUGGAGGAGAGCAAGAACCUGUUUUCUCUGUUUGAACAUAACGCCGUCACAGACCGAGCUUUGGAGAGCAGAGUCAUUGUGGCCGACGUUCUGGCCAAGUUUGAAAGACUGGCAGGCAGUGAAGAAGAGGAGGAGGAAGGAGAGUGGAAACUCUACUUCAAGCUCUACUGCUUCCUGGAUGUGGAGAGCAUGCCAAAAGAAGGAGUGGAGUUUGCGUUCAUGUUUGAGCAGGCCCAUGAGUCUCUGAUAAGUGGUCACUUCCCGGCCUCAGAGGAGACUUUGCAGCACCUGGCCGCUUUACGUCUCCAGUAUCUCCACGUUGACGGGGCGGGUCGGGCAGGAUGGAGCCUUGGAACCGUUUAUCCGAUCGGACGCCUCCGCAAUCGCAUCCUCCACUCCACCAAGCCGGGCGUCGGGGCAGCGGGGGGAGCAGGAGGAGGGGGAGCGGGAGGAGCAGGAGAUGGGAAGACCGCUGUGGGAGGACCGGGUGGAGUCCCACUCGGAGUGGAGAAACGAAAGACCCCGAGCUUCCUGGACGGCACCCUGAGGAGAAGCUUCAAGACGGGAUCGCUGAAGAAGCAGAAGGUGGAGGAGGAGCAGAUGCUUGAAAUGUGGGUGAAGGAGGAGACGUCGGCCACACGGACCAGCGUCCUGGAGAAGUGGACGCGCCUUCAGGGCAUGCCUCAGCAUCAGGCCAUGCUGAAAUACAUGAGCAUCAUCAAGGAGUGGCCGGGAUAUGGAUCCACUCUGUUUGAUGUGGAGUGUAAGGAGGGAGGUUUCCCUCACGAUCUGUGGCUGAGUGUGAGUGCAGACAAUGUCUCUGUGUAUAAACGAGGUGAACCAAAGCCACUGGAGACCUUUCAGUACGAACACAUCACCUUCUUUGGUGCGUCACAGCCCUGCACCUACAAGAUCAUCGUAGACGAGAGGGAGAUGUUCUUUGAGACACCACUGGUCGGCGAGAUCACAAAGAUUAUGAGGGCCUACAUUAACAUGAUGGUGAAGAAACGCUGCAGCAUCAUGUCAGUGACCAGCAUUGCCAGCUCCUUUGUCAGGUGAUCGCCAACAACCAGUCAGAGCCCUCGCUUUCUCCAGCAGUGACAGAUGCCUCGGCCCUCCCGCCUUGGUUGGGUGGUUGGUUUCGAUCGGAGGCAGUCGCACCAACCAGCUAAUCCUCAAGGCAGAAUUUAAGGACGGGUGGUGCGGAGGUAGAAGUGGACACAGGCGCCAAGACGCACACUCUUCCGGCCUGGGUUUCACUCGGGAUAAGGGAUCUAUUUAAAAAUGAGCAUGACAAAACAAAUUCAGUAUCUUGGGACGGUCCUUUUCAAAUACAUAAAUAACACCCUCCAGUCGUAGUCCUGCAUGUAGAUGUUCAAGCACACUCCAGACCUCUCUCCGCUUUUACCUUUUCUGGACACAACAAGUAAUAACAAGCACAAAACAUCCGCCCAAAUCUGUCCCCCUCUUUUACAACCCGAUGCACUGCCAGACAGAAAAAAAAAAGCCACACGCUCUCAGUUGUUUUGUUUUUCACUCCUCCGAUCUCAGACUCUCUCUCUUUCUCUUCACGUGUCCUCACUCCUGUUUUGCAUCUUCGUUAUACGGUUUUUAACGCUGAAUUCUCGUUCUUUGCUUGUUUUUUUUUUUUUUUCUCUCUGUCGUUUAUCGGUAACAUCAGCUGUUUGUGACUGAGAAAAAGGACUCCGAUGAUGAUGAUGAUGAUGAUGAUGAUGAUGGUGGUGGUGGGGAUGAUUCUUCAGGGCUUUACUGACUGAGAAUGAGCUCGGCUGCUCACCUGUCAGUGCCACCGUGUGGCCAAAAGAAGAAAACGCAGCCAAAAGGAAGUGGCUUUAAAUAUUUCUGAACAAUAUCAAAUAGAAAUGUGUAAGUAGGGGCUGAACUGUGGAGGCUCUCCGGUCAUGUUUAUCUUAAAAGUGGAGAGUGUGUUCAGCCUCAGAGGAGAGCAUUAUCAACCAGAACAGUAUGAGACAAAAAAAAAAACAUUUCUCUAUCUAAGUCAACAUAUUACACACACUGCAUAUAUCUACUGUAUAUUCACAUACAUGUACACUCUAACAUGUAUCGUUUUGUACUGUAUAUCACACAUUAUAAGAGUUAAUAUUGAAUUUUUUUUGGGUGGUCAUUGCACUGUACAGUAUAUAGAUGCCAAUGUGACACCUCGUGUAAAAUACAUGCAAGUGAAUGGCGUUGAUAAUGUCUGAAUAUGAUGCCAAUGAUGUACAUCGUUCACAGGCCGUGCCAUCGACGUGACUCACAGAGAAUAUGAGGAUUUAUAGUGAGAACGUUUUGAUGAAUUGAUCAGUGUUAUGUGUGCGACUCACUCUGCAGCAUUAAUUGGAGCCAUAAAAUACUGUAUACUUGUUUUUUUUAAA